CUAUGCAUUUUUUUAUAUACUUGAUCCAGAAUAUAUUCCAGUUUGGUCUCCGAUGUUUUGCCAAAACCCUAGACAGAAGAAACAAUCUCUUUCUUCCGCCUGCUCAGCAUUCGCCUACUUGGGGAAUCUAUAGGCUCGCAGAAAGAAUUAGUGGGAAGAUGGUUUUGUCGGAUGAGGAAAUCACACGGCUCUUCAGAAUCAGGAAGACGGUGAUGCAGAUGCUGAGGGAUAGGGGUUACAUAGUAAGUGAUUUUGAGAUCGAUAUGUCCAAGCAUCAGUUCCUUAGCAAGUACGGGGAGAACACGAAGAGAGAGGACCUUGUUAUUAUCAAAGACUUGCGCAGCAAUCCCUCUGAAAAGAUAUAUGUGUUCUUUCCUGAGGAGGCAAAAGUUGGUGUUAAGACAAUGAAGACUUACACCAAUCGCAUGAAAGAUGAUGAUGUUCAUCGAGCAAUCUUAGUUGUCCAGCAGAAUUUAACUCCUUUUGCUCGGACCUGUAUAAGUGAAAUAUCGACAAAAUUUCACUUGGAGGUUUUCCAGGAGGCAGAGUUGUUGGUGAACAUAAAAGAGCAUGUUCUUGUUCCUGAGCACCAGCUACUUACUCCAGAAGAAAAGAAGACUUUGCUAGAAAGAUACACGGUGAAAGAAACACAGCUCCCCCGCAUUCAGGUUACUGAUCCAAUUGCAAGAUAUUAUGGUCUGAAGCGUGGACAUGUCGUGAAAAUUAUCCGACCAAGUGAGACUGCUGGUCGUUAUGUUACUUAUCGAUAUGUCGUUUAAAUUUUUUAGGCACUGUGGUUAGUUUGUCAUUCCCAAGAACUUAAGGACAUGUUUGGCACGGUGGAUUGGAAGUAUCAAAGAAAGUUAAAAUCUCAUCUAUUGUAUUAUUGUUCUAUCCUUUAUGGUCCAAGACUAAGUAUCAAACUUGGACGGCAAAAAAAUUAGAAGUCACUUGUGUAAAAUGCUGUUGCCUGGACCAUUUAUUUUUUUGUCAUUGUUUAAUUAAAAACUCUGCAAACUGUGGAUACAACUUUGGAUUAGUAGAGAUGUCAACUUUUUUUGAGGAA